AUAUCGGCCGUCACUAAUGCCGACUACUAAUUACUGAUUUAACUAAAUCUCGGCUAUUGUUCUUAUAGUAGUUAAAUUAAAAAGGACCAAAGAAGAAAGUUUUAAGGUAUAAGUGUUAGUGUAAUCCUUCUUAUGAAAGCAAAUACUGAAAUUGAAGCCAACGAUGUGUAUAUUCAUAGGAAUAUGAUGCGUUCAUAAGUUGUUCACAUCUGAAAUGUGUAUAUAUCGUAUGGUACAUCCAUCCAAAUUCCCCAUACGCACAAUAAACCUCGAUUGCGGUUCGCACUGAACAAGAGAUAUUUUUUACGGUAAAAGUUUUUGAUGUUUAACUUUUAUUAAAAGCAAGAAACAUAGAUAAAACCGUUUUAGCAAUUGUCGAACCAGGAAGUUUUUGUAGUAUGGACAAGAAAAUGUCGUCGUCUUCGCAGCCACGUGUAUUAAAAAAAAAACAUUUUCGUGUAAAGCAUCAAAAAGUAAAACUUUUUCGUGCCAACGAACCGAUUCUGAGUGUUUUUAUGUGGGGCAUUAAUCACACGAUAAAUGAACUAAGUCAUGUUAAUAUUCCUGUGAUGCUUUUGCCAGAUGACUUUCGUGCAUUCUCAAAAAUCAAAGUUGAUAAUCAUCUUUUUAAUAAGGAAAAUAUGCCGUCACAUUUCAAAGUCAAAGAAUAUUGUCCUUUAGUAUUUCGGAACUUGCGUGAGCGAUUCAGUGUUGAUGAUGUUGAUUAUCGCGAGUCAUUAACUCGCUCACAGCCAUUACGUAUUGACUCAUCAGGUAAAUCCGGAGCGCAGUUUUACCAAAGUUAUGACAAAUUUUUUAUAAUAAAGAGCUUGACAUCGGAGGAAAUCGAACGUAUGCAUGCAUUUUUAAAGCAAUAUCACCCAUACAUCGUUGAGAAACAUGGCAAAACUCUUUUACCACAAUAUUUGGGUAUGUAUAGAAUAACGGUUGAAAGCGGUCAACAUUAUUUUGUCGUUAUGAGGAAUAUAUUUAGUUCCCAUUUAACCAUACACAAGAAAUUUGACUUAAAAGGCAGUACCGUUGAUCGUGAGGCAUCUGAAAAGGAGUUAGAAAAGUAUUUACCUACAUACAAAGAUAAUGACUUUAUAAAGCAAAAAGUCAAGAUUGAAAUCGGAGAAGCAAAAACAAAAUUGUUGGACACUUUAUCAAGUGAUGUUGAUCUCCUUACAAAGUUGCACAUAAUGGACUACUCGCUCUUAGUCGGCAUACAUGACUGUGUUCGUGCUGAAGAGGAAGCAUUGCAAGGGGAAAACUCUCAAGGGACUGCACGAAGCGAAAACAGCGAAAGCGAGGAAUGUGAUAGUGGAGAAAGAUGGACUUACAAUACACCACCUGACUCACCGCGCGGCGCACAAUAUAAGGAAGUUGUCUAUGAAGUGGAUAUCUACGCUAUUCCAAGCGUUGAAGAAAGAAGAGAAAUUUAUUUUAUUGCCAUUAUAGAUGUGCUAACACAAUAUGGUGUAAAAAAACAGGCCGCCAAAGCAGCUAAAACUGUGAAGUAUGGAAGUAAUGUAGAUGGAAUUUCUACAUGUGAUCCCGAACAAUAUGCCAAACGAUUUCUUGACUUCAUGGACAAAGCGAUCGAGUAAUUAAUUGCUUCCUUGUACGCGUAUGUAUGCUGGUGCCCAUUUUUGAAAAUUAACUGUGAACUGAAAAAAUAUAACCCUGAACAUAUGCAUACGUCGUGCGAAUUUAGACUAUA